AUGAGCCAUCGUCGCAUCCGUCUCAGUCUAGCGCACUACCGCAAAGACUCCUGCACGGAGAAAUCUUGCCACUAUUUUGGCACUGCCUUGCACGCCAAGCAAGCCGCAAGCCUGCAUGCGAAACACGGAACCCUGCAGUAUAAUCAGGUAUACAGCACGCAAUCUGCCCGAGAUGCACUCGACGCCUUUCGCCGCUCGCUCGGCGCCGACUGGACCAUCGACCAACACGACAUGACAGUCGAGCUCUACGUUCCCGAUCUGCAGACUUUGAGGGGCAUUGCUUCGGAUCCGGAGUUUGCCAGUUUUUACCAUAUUGAAGAACCUUAUCUCAGCCAUCGGCAUGUGGUGGCAAGCUUAGGUUGGGUGGAAGUGUAUGUGGAAGAUGGAAAGGUGGUGAAUGUUACCGACAGUGGGUCAGAAUAUCGGCCUGAGUAUGAAGAGUUUGUGGGGCAGGAGUUGCGGUUGGCGCUAGCUUAG